AUGGCUCACCUCUUGACGUCGCUAAUAAACGCUGAGACCCUGACGUGCUAUCCGAAAUUCCUCACGCGACUCAGCUCGAAUGCGAUAGCGGAUGGUGCUGGUGCGGUGGCCUUGGAAGCCCGCCACGAGAAGCUGGAUGCCGUGAUCGACUGUGACUGUGACGACUCCGACGAGUCGAAGCAUCAACACGAUCAUCCUCAUCACCCGAAGCACAAGCACGAUCAUCCUCACCACCCGAAGCACAAGCACCAUGAUCCUCACCACCCGAAGCACAAGCACCAUGAUCCUCACCACCCCAAGCACGGCCACGAUCACCCAAAACAUCCACACGACUCUGAUCCAACUCCUGACCCGUCACCCAAGUACCCGGGCCCUCCGAAAUCUCCACCUCACGACCCUACCCCAGCUCCUCCUAAGCCUAAACCAUAUCCCAGCCCACAACCUCCCAAGGAUCCUUCUCCACCAUCCGGAUGUUCCACGCCACAGGAUGACUCUUCUACUUCUAGCGAUCCUUUGAUUGUAGUUUCUGGUCAAGUCUCUGCUGGUUACUCUAAAUAG